GCCGCCACGAGCGAACGCCAUGGCCGCAGCGCUUCUGCUCCGCGGCCUCCGCUCGUCGGCGAGCCGGGCGCGCCAUGCCUUCCCCUCACCGGCCUCGACCCCGUCGCCGUUCGCCUCCUCCCUUCGCCACCGCCUCUACUCCUCCGCGGCCGCAUCCACGGCCGCCUCGCCCGCUUUUUCGCUGGGAGGCGCCACGGACCCGGCCCGCAUCCGCAACGUGGCGGUGAUUGCCCACGUCGACCACGGGAAGACCACGCUGAUGGACCGGCUCCUGCGCCAGUGCGGCGCCGACAUCCCCCACGAGCGCGCCAUGGACAACAUCAGCCUCGAGCGCGAGCGCGGCAUCACUAUCUCCUCCAAGGUCACUUCUGUUCCUUGGAAGGAGAAUGAGCUCAACAUGGUUGAUACGCCUGGUCACGCUGAUUUUGGUGGUGAAGUUGAGCGAGUUGUUGGAAUGGUCGAAGGGGCGGUCUUGGUUGUUGAUGCUGGGGAGGGACCUUUAGCACAAACCAAAUUUGUUCUUUCCAAGGCUUUGAAGUAUGGCUUGCGCCCAAUCCUCCUCCUCAACAAGGUUGAUAGGCCUUCAGUUUCUGAAGAAACCUGCGAUGAAGUUCAGAGCUUGGUCUUUGACCUUUUUGCAAAUCUGGGAGCUACAGAAGAACAGUUAGAUUUCCCAGUUCUUUACGCAUCGGCUAAAGAAGGGUGGGCUUCCUUGGAGUACACCAAGUGCCCUCCUGAUGAUGCAAAAAAUAUGUCUCCAUUGCUUGAUUCCAUUGUACAACAUGUUCGCCCCCCAAAAGCUGACCUUGAGGCUCCGUUCCAAAUGUUGAUUUCCAUGAUGGAGCGUGAUUUUUACCUAGGAAGAAUACUCACUGGGCGUGUAACCUCUGGAGUUAUCCAUGUUGGCGACAAAGUUCAUGGUCUGCGCAACACGGAUGAAGGGGUUCAGAAGAUUGAGGAUGGAAAGGUUGUCAAGCUCAUGAAAAAGAAAGGCACAAGCAUGGUGGUCAUAGAGGCUGCAGGAGCUGGAGAUAUAAUUUCAAUGGCUGGAUUGUCUGGUCCAGCUAUUGGACACACUGUGGCAAAUCCGGAGGUUUUGACUGCUCUGCCAGCAGUUGAGUUGGACCCUCCCACAAUAUCUAUGACUUUCGGUGUGAAUGAUUCACCACUGGGUGGCCGUGAUGGCACUCAUGUAACUGGAGCAAAAAUUGGGAACCGUUUGAUGGCAGAGGCAGAAACAAACUUGGCAAUUAAUGUUCUUCCUGGACCAUUGUCAGAAUCUUUUGAAGUUCAAGGAAGGGGGGAACUUCAGUUAGGAAUCUUAAUUGAGAACAUGCGGCGUGAAGGAUUUGAGCUUUCAGUUUCACCCCCAAGAGUGAUGUAUAAAACAGAGCGUGGGGAAAGGCUAGAGCCUAUUGAAGAAGUAACUGUUGAGGUGGACGAGGAGCAUGUUGGAUUUGUGAUGACAACCCUAAACAACAGGAAGGGUGAAGUUCUGGACAUGGGCCCUGUCCCUGGGACAAUGGGAAGAACUCGGAUCUUCCUGACAUGUCCAUCUAGGGGUUUGGUGGGUCUUAAAGGAGUUUUCAACAGCCAUACACGUGGAACUGGAUUUAUGCAUCGUGCUUUCCAGGCAUAUGCUAAAUAUAAAGGUCCACUAGGAACUGUUAGAAAAGGAGUUCUGGUAUCUGUUGGCAAGGGAUCUAUCACUUCACAUGCACUCAUGAGUUUAGAAGCUCGUGGUACUCUUUUUGUCUCUCCUGGGAUGGAGACAUACGAAGGCAUGAUAGUUGGCGAGCAUUCACGCGAUAGUGAUCUUGAGAUCAAUCCUGUGAGAACUAAAGAACUUACAAACAUCCGAGCCCCAGGAAAGGAUGAAAAUAUCCGCCUAUCUCCACCUCGCUUGAUGACUUUGGAAGAGGCAAUUGGAUAUGUUGCUUCAGAUGAGCUGAUUGAGGUUACUCCCAAGGUCAUACGGCUUCGGAAGAAAUACCUCGAUGCCAACAAACGCAAGAUGAUGAAAAACAAGAUUGACAGGUGAAGCUCCAGUGGCUCCAAAUCACAUGUAGUACUGCUAACGUCACUAGUAUUAUGCUAUCAUCCAAAACGCAAGUCAGAUUUUUGCACGGAAGGCCCAUCCAGGUUCACACAACAGUGGGAUGUUUCGUGGAACACUAAUAACCAAUAAGCCCAAGGCUGAAGUUUCUAUUGUAUCAAAACUGAGUGGGUUUGAGUUAGGAUUACCUGCUGAAGGUGAUUAUAGCUAUCUAUAGCUUUUUAUGUGUAGAGAAUUUUGGGACACAUAAAUGUUGCCCUUGAAGGGUUAUAGUGCUCGUUGGUAGUUAGAUAAAAACAAGUCAAAAGAACUGCUUUUGACACAUUUACAGACAUAUCUUGUGAGAGAUUAAAGCAAAUAAAUUUUACAUUCUAACUAUAGCAUUCGGUAUAGCAGAAGGUCCUUGUGGGCUAUUUGUGGGUU